AGGUAAGGCGCUGUGAGGGCGGGUGGCGGUGGGGGGCUGCCCCUGCCCGGCCCCUCGCCCUGCAGCCCUGGCUGUCAGGAGCCUUCUCCCGGGGACUGGGGGUUAGUUAUGGCUGAGGAGCUGCGCUUUCGCUUUUUUAUCUCUUUUUUUUUUUUUUAAUUUUUGGUUCGCAGCAUGCUUAGUAAUAACUCUUCUUUUUUUUUAUUUUUUUUUUUUUUUAUUUUUUUCUGUCCUGUAACAUUGACAAAGGAAGCUUUGAGUUUGCCAGGAAGCGAAGACCUGAAUUUCCUCUUCCCUCACGUUGCUCUAGAAGGGGUUAGCGCGCUUCUGGUCUUAACAAACUUACAGUGAGCCGCACGUCCGUACGGACCCGUGCGGCGUCCUCAGACCUCAGCCUAAAACUCCAUAAAGUCAGUGAGUGCCUCUAACUUCCUCCGCUUAGCAGCCAGGGAGCCUCUGUGGAGCUGCUGGUAGCUUUAACAAGAGGAACGGUGGAGGAAAAGGGAGCUGGCGUGUUGUCUGAGCAGGCAGGUGAGGCAGACAGGAGAUGUUUGCAGCGAGUGUCCGGAGCAGUGGGACGAGCGAGCUGCGCAGUGAGCGUGUUUGUGUGCGUUGUGUCGCACGUGGCCUCGUGGGUAGCGCUUCCUCUCAUUUUCUUCACUCCUGGCAGCUCUGCAGGAGGCUGGGAUUCUCCUUUCUCUUUCUCAAAAUGCAGAGAUAAAAAAGGGAAACAAGCAGAAGAACCCUAACGACAGAAAGGCAGAUGUGCGUACAGUUUGAAGUCAUCUGAGCAUUUUUCUAGCAUUAGUUUCUCUUGGCAGAGUAAAACUGGGUAUUGUGCCUCGGGUGCGUAACACUUUCCAAAUCUUUUUCGAACCAAGGAGAAACAGCGUGAUGAAAAUGUGACCCGAGCGUUUUGGUGCUGUUAUGUUCUUGACUAUAUUAAAAAAAAUGUUGAAUUUGGAAAUGCCAGAUUAAGGCAGCAAACAUACCACCAGGGAAACGUCAGCUGGCCCGAGUAGGACUGGGACAGAUUUGACAGAACUGGAAAGCUUUCCUUCAGUCCUGACUCAGGGUGGUUACUUCCAAGGACAAGUAGUUUCCUCCUUGUACAGUUGUUUGUGCACAGUUCCCUCUUGGCAGUUGCCUGCUGCCUUGCUUUGACUCGGUUUGUCUAGCCAGGGCUUCAAAAAUGAGCCAGCUUGUCAACAGGAAUGUUUUCACCUAGAUUAGCUGUGUUUUCAUGCAGUAAUUUCAAAAUCGGGACUGCAGCGUGACAAAAAGCGAAAGUGUUUAUUGCAAUAUGCUUAAUUAAAGCUUGGAUCAGUUAACUCUGCUUACUGUAAGAAGUCGCCAAGUAACUUUUCAAGGCAGGAGUCCCAAAAGCAUUGAAGUGCCAGUGUUUUGGGCUGCCCGUGUUUCUCCAAGGGGCUGUCCUUAGCUCUCAGAAACGCCCGCUUGCUGGCAGCAGUAGCUGCCAGAGGAUCUUCCAGGGGAGAGAGGCAAAGGAAGAAGGGCUGGGAAGUGCUGGUGGUGCAGGGAGCCGCGUCUCCCGUCCUGACUCCUUGGCCUCGAUUCCCCUGUCCCAGUGCCCCGGUCGUGCUGCAGCACCGGAGCAGCCCCGUUGCAGAGGUGGCACAGCGGAGGGAUGGCUGGGAGCUCAUCCUCGGGCUCUGUGCUGGAACUGCCAUGUAAUUGCAAAAGAAACUGUAAGAUUUAGUGAAAUGCCAGGAGCCUUUACGCCUUCUCGAGAUGCCGUGUCAUGGAGUGAAGUGGAGGACACCGAAAGCAAUAAGGACACAUACUGAUAUGACACAUCUUGUCGAUACGCUGUGAUACUGUAGCAGGGCUACAUCAUUAUAUGUCAUACCACUUUGUCAUUCAGAAUCACCAGUUUUGGUGAGAUUGCAUGCAUUGGUGCUGUUAACAUGCAUAUUUUUAGAAUUAUGCAGCAUUACUCUGUUGAUUCAAUAGUUUAUCCUGGCAACUUAAAAAGUACUGAAUGAAUCACAGUAGAGGGCAUAUGAGUAGUCAACCCCCUCUACUUCCCCCUGGAUUAAAAAAGGUUUGCACGCAGAAGUAAAUCUUAAGAUAUCAAUAGUGAAAACAAAACAAAUAAAAUACCUGCCCUGCACCUCCCGUGCUAAGUCUAAACCAACAGCUGUGCUUAAAUAAAUAUAUUUAGUCUUGGUAAACCUGUCUUUGGUUUUUCAUUCAAGCAAUUCAUGAAGUGCUGCAAAAUACCUUCUGCAGCUCAGAGGGAAAAUAUCUUUUCUCUGGGAUGCUUGUCAACAGAGGAGAAAGUGCUGGCAGAGCUGCACCCAUAAAUUUUUGGGGGAUACUCCCCUACAGCAAGUUUGGAAAAGUCAGAUGCUUUCUUCCUCCCCAAGCCAGCUGGUCGUCUUAUUGCCCAGGGAUUCCUGAGUUUUGGCACAGAGGCAGCUCCCGAUGAGCAGAGAAGGGAGCAGUCAUGUUGCUUUCGGGCUGGCUGCAGGAAUCUUCUUUCAGUUUCUCUUCUGCUGUCUUCCCCCGGGUCUUCACAGAGGAGGUCACGGCAGUGCUGGCUGAUGGCUUCCUUCUCCCUCCCGCCCCUGGCGAAGGGCUGCUUGCUGCGGCUGGGCUGGUGCUGGGGGAGAAAGGGAGAAGUGUCGGGGUGCAGUCGUGCUGCCGGGUGGCUUUUGGGUACAGAGGAAUAAGCUCUGGCAGGUGGCUGCCUGCGCUGUGUGCAGAGACGCUGUAGGCCUCAAAUAGUACUUGCAUGUGACUGUUUGCGCAAGAAGUGUUUUCCUGCACAGAUAUUUAGGUACAGAUUGCUAAGCCUUGCCUUCUCACCAUCUUCUUCUCUAUCGUGUCGCCCCCCAUCCCCAUGCCAACUUCCUUAGUCUUUUGAGGAAAAGACGGCAAAAUUAUUUUCCAGCUGAUGUGGUUAAUAACUUCUUUAGUGCUUUCCUGACUGCCUUUUCCUGUCAUUAUAAUGCAGUGUUAUUCCAGGAACCGAGACUGUGAACUAGCACUUCAGGAGGUUGCUUUGGUUUCUGAAAGAGAUGGACAGGAAAGGUGUCAGAGGCGUGUUGUUGAUCUGCAUGCAGGUUCAAAUUUUGCUUCCUUUUGUUUCUGUCAGAAAACAUCUUUACAUUUCAGAGGAGCAGAUUAAUGCCAUAAUUUGCAUCACAGCUUUCUUUUCUUUCUUUUUUUUUUUUUUUUUCAAAGCAAACCCUGGGACAGUUAGCUCGAGCUAACACAGCUUCUUUCAAAACAAACAAACAAUAAAACCUUUGCUCCUUUCAGUAUCAGGUUUCAUUUGAAAUAAACGUUCGUAGUGAAGUUCAGAAACCCUUAGGCAAGAGGAUGUUAGUUCAGCCCUAACUAUAACUUAGGGGCCUAGGGGACAGGAAAACACCAUAGCAAAUGGUCUGGCUUGUGUGACAAUAAUGUGUGAACUGUGUGGCAAUUGUUACGCUUCCUCUACUGAAAAUUAUGUAAUUCCAGAAACAAGAUUUACUCAGAUCUUCUAGCUCAGUUUCACAGCAAAACGUGCUGUAUUAAAAAACCUUUUUAAUUUUUGACAUUUUAAUGGGCUUCUUGUAGGUCACACUUCCUGCAAAUCUCAUCUUUAAAUUUGCAAAUGUAAUUAGUAAGGUACUCAUUAAUGAGUGAAGGAUCAAAAGGUGGGACGGUGGCCAAGAAGCAAUGGAGAAUAAAAGUUUAGAAGGUUCCCCAUCAGACCUAAAGUUAGUGGCUCAUCCGAGAGCAAAGAGUAAAGUGUGGAAGUACUUUGGUUUUGAUACCAAUGCAGAAGGAUGCAUAUUACAGUGGAAGAAGAUCUACUGCCGUAUUUGCAUGGCGCAGAUCGCCUAUUCAGGGAACACGUCCAACCUUUCCUACCACCUCGAGAAAAACCACCCCGACGAAUUCUGUGAGUUUGUAAAAAGCAACACCGAGCAGAUGAGGGAGGCCUUUGCUACCGCCUUUUCAAAAAUCAAGCCAGAAUCAUCGCAGCAGGUUGUUCAGGACAGUCUCAUCAUGAAGACCUACCAGAACUACGAAAACAAAAAGCAUCAGGAACUGACGUCCGCAGUCAUCAGCUUGAUCUGUGAGGGCAUGUAUCCCGCCUCCAUCGUCGAUGAGCCCACCUUCAAGGCCCUCUUGAGAACAGCUGAUCCCAGGUAUGAACUUCCUAGCCGGAAGUAUUUCUGUACAAAAGCUAUUCCUGAAAAAUACAACGCCAUUAGAGAAAUCGUCUUAAAGGAGCUCACUGACGUUCUGUGGUGCGGCAUAUCCACGGACAUGUGGAGGAGCGAAAACCAGAACAGGUCGUACGUAACCGUCGCGGUUCACUUUCUCAGCAGCAGUCCUUCAAACUGCCUGGCAGUUAACUCACGGUGCUUAAAAACGUUUGAAGUACCAGAGGAUAAUACUGCAGAGACUAUCACCCGAGUCCUUUACGAAACGUUCAUCGAAUGGGGAAUCAAUACAAAAGUCUUUGGUGCUACGACAGAUUACAGUAAAGACAUUGUGAAAGCUUGCUCUCUCCUAGAUAUUCCAGUGCAGAUGCCUUGCUUGGGGCACACUUUCAAUGCCGGAAUACAACAAGCUUUUCAGCUCCCGAAGCUCUGCGGCCUUCUUGCCAGGUGCCGAAAACUGGUGGAGUAUUUUCAGCAGUCUACCAUGGCCAUGUAUAUGCUGAGCGAGAAGCAGAAGCAGCAGAAUAUUCUCCACUGCAUGCUGGUGAGCGAUCGCGUUUCCUGGUGGGGCAGCACGCUCGCCAUGUUGCAGCGCCUCAAGGAGCAGCAGUUCGUCAUCGCCGCCGUUCUCGUGGAGGACAGCAACAACCACCACCUCAUGCUGGAGGCCAGCGAGUGGAACACAAUCGAAGGGCUGGUGGAGCUGCUGCAGCCUUUCAAGCAGGUUGCGGAGAUGAUGUCCGCUUCCAAGUACCCAACGAUCAGUAUGGUGAAGCCGCUUCUCCACAUGCUUCUGAAUACCACCCUGAACAUCAAAGAGAACGAUCUGAAAGAAAUCAGCAUGGCGAAGGAGGUAAUAGCGAAGGAGCUGUCAAGCACCUACCAGCACACCCCGGAAAUAGACAUGUUCCUCAACGUUGCCACUUUCCUGGAUCCUCGCUACAAAAAACUGCCUUUUCUUUCAGCCUUUGAGCGGCAGCAGGUGGAAAACAGAGUGGUGGAAGAAGCAAAAAGCCUGCUGGAGAAAGUCAAAGAGAACACCUUUCGGACUGAAGAAAAGUUCUUUGCGGUUUCGGAAGAGCCCCCAGUGAAAAAAAUAAUUAUCUCCUCCACUCCUCCUCCUACUAGCGUGAUCAACAACAUGCUUGCAGAGAUCUUCUGCCAGACGGGAGGUGUGGAAGACCAAGAGGAAUGGCACGCUCAGAUUGUUGAGGAGUUGAGCAACUUUAAGUCGCAAAAGGUCCUUGGUUUGAAUGAAGACCCGCUAAAGUGGUGGUCUGACAGACUAGCGCUGUUUCCAGUUUUACCAAAGGUUCUCCAAAAAUACUGGUGUAUUCUGGCCACAAGGGUCUUUCCCGAACGCCUUUUUGGUUCCUCUGCUAACGUUGUCAGUGCAAAGAGAAACCGGUUAGCCCCAGCGCACGUGGACGAGCAGAUCUUUUUGUAUGAAAACACUCGGAAUGGGUCCGAGGCAGAACCGGAGGAUGAAGACGAAGGAGAAUGGGGUUUGGAACAGGAACAGAUUUUUAAUUUAAAUGACUCGGUAAACGUAAACAACAAUUUCUUUAAUAUCCGAGACAGUGGGUUUGUUUAACAGGACUACUGUGGUACAUUUAAUAACAAAGAAAAAGGUAUUUGUCUUAAGUUACCAAAAAUACUUCUGUUUAUGCUAUGAAUGCUGUAAAUAUUGAACAGUUGUAACAAACUUGAUUUAGCUUCCAUUGUCUAUGUUUUUCCCACUGUCUUAAAACAUGAAUGAGUUGUGAUUAAACAGCACUGAAAUGAAUGAGGAAAUAAAUGCUACAAAGACCGUGAUUUCUGACUGUGGCCCAGAUCUCAGAGAGCACUUAGCCCUGUGCUUCCUUUCCGCUUGCUUCAGUGGGAGAGAAACACAUGCUUAUGUGCUGUCUGUAAUGAAAAUAUUUUUCCUGAAUCAAGACCCUGAGCAAGGGACUUUUUAAGUUCUAUGCCUCCAAUUAUAAAUCCCACGUGACUUAGGGCGUUAGCUUUAAAUUUUGGAUUUUAAAAUGUUAUUCUUAAAUUCCAUAAAUCAGAGCAGCAAAGACUUUUAGAGUAUGUCGAUGCUAUAGAAUGAAAAAAAGAUCUUGAGCCUGAUUUUCUUUUUCACUACCUCAUAUCUUAGGCCUGGUCUGUGCUAGAAAAGAUCAGCUGGUGUAAUUCUGUCAGUUAGGGGACUAUGUUACUAUUUUCACCGGUGUCGCGCUGGCAUAGGCUGUAGUGUGGAUGCACCUCCACUGGGGCAAUUUAUUUGGCUUUCCAGUGCGGUAUAAAUGGUAUAAACGCUUCCGAAAUGGUAUUGCUGUGUCCACAUCAGUCGGGUUUUACCGUGGAGCUGUCGCAGCUAAAUGGCAAAGCCCCGUUUUGUCCAGGCGAGCCCUGGCGGUAGCACGCGGGGCGCUGGUGGGCGGCAGCCUACACCCGGGGAGCAGAGCAGCGAAGGCAGGAGGCGUGCCAGGGCCACGGGUCUAACUCUGUGUGCGUGUGUUAUAAAGUGCUUAACCUUUUAAUUUAAGUGGGCACUUUGCCCAGGGUAGCUAGGAAGUUUUGUUGGUGAGAAAAGCAGAAUAAAAAGCUUUAAUAAUUAUGUAAAUAUAUUUAAAAGAGGGCGACCCCUCCGUUUCCCUACAUGUAUCCGGUGAGUCUUUAGGAUAUUUUCUUGUUACGUUAGCACUUAAAGACUUUUUUUUUUUUUUUUCCUCCUGUCUCUUUAUUUUUGUUUCAGUUUGUAGAGUGGACUUUAGUCUGGUCCAGUCAAAUGUUUGAGUACUGUUUCCGAUUAGUUGUUGUGUAUUGCAAUUGUUUCCUUUGUGUCUCUAGGCCUAAAGUUUUCAGCCCUUUUGAGAACUUGGUAAAAAAAAAAAAAAAAAAAGAAAAAAGGAAAAAAAUCCAACAACCAAAACCCCACAUUUUUUAGGAAAUACUGCAGGUCAUAAAUACGAUGCUAGUUCACACGUGGCACAGAGUGGGGUGGCAGCCAGCGUUUCUUUGUGCAGCGUGGAGGAGGAAUCUUGUGUCUGCCCAGUGACAGUCGAGGGUUGAUGUUUUUUUGUGGCAGGCAUCUCGCCCCCCACUCAAAAUCUCCCAGCUUGAGUUGUUCUGGGAGGGUCACUCUCACCCACUCAGAUGCCAGCCCUUCCCAUCUGUCCAUAAAGGAGUCAAAAAAUUAAGUGAGGCAAAUUCUGGAGCUCUCUGCCCAGCUGCGAAGAGCGGACUCCGACCCGCUCUCUGGCGGUGGUCUCGAUGACCAUGCUGCUAGAAACAUGCGAGGUGUCUAGGGAUGGGAAAGGCCACGGCUGAUAUAGCAUGUUUGUGUAAGCAUGGCCUUUCUGGAGAGAGGCCAGUGGAAGACUGGUCAUAACCAUUACCGGGGAAGAAGUCUUGAUUUUGUUGUCCCUGUAGCAUCCACAGACUUGUAGAGAGGGCCUGGCCAGAAGGAACGUGUGAAAACGGGAAUGGUGCUGGAACUGAAUAUGCUACCAUACCGCUUGUUUAUGUGCUGGUCUGGUAGUUUUUGCAGGUGUCAGACCUCCAUGCGUGGCAGGAAGGGGUGUGUGGAUGCGCUGCAGAGGCGUCUGCGAUUGCCCAAGAUGCAGCGCGAAGGCUGUCCACGAGGCCCGCAAAGUCGAGUCGAGGAAGGGAGCAAGGUGCAGAAAUGGUUUUAAGGCCCUGUGAGUGCCCGCCGUGCCCAUUUUCACCACCAUCUGCUGCCAGGGAGCUGCAGGACGCCAGUGUGAGGCACGUGCAUCGCCCUCGAUGCCAGGGGCUGCAGGACGAGCCUGGGGCAGCGCUUCAUCCCCCUGGGGCAGAAGGCACGCAGCGAGGCUUAUGGCUUGGCUCACUCCUCGCCCAGCUGUGCUGAGAGCAGUGCGAUGCACUGUUCUCUCUCUCCUAGUUUCCCUUAGUUAUAGAUAUUUUUUUGGUAUCCAAAAUAAAGGUGUAGUUGGUUCAAUUGAGAAGUCUUGGCAUUCUCUUAAAAAUAAAAAAAGGGGGGUAGGGGAAAAACAAAGCCAUUGUUAGUUCUACCCGUUGUUUGUGAGAUUUUUAUUUAAUGUUCUAAGCUUGGAAUAUUGUUAAAUAAACCAGAAAAAUAAGUUAGUUACUAGA